AAGUGUUACAAGGCCGGGCAUGUGGAAAAGAUCUGUGAGGGGAGAUGAUGAAGAUUGGAUUGGAUGUAGAGUGGAUGGUGUGUAGUGGUCUAUUUAUCCACAAUUUUCCAUAUUUGUGAAUUAGAUUGCUAGAUCCUGUUUAUUCUGCGAAUUCGUUUUGACACUUUUAGGAACAAUGACUGAUAGUAACUGUGUCAGUGAGAAGAUGGAAAACACUACCAUUGAAGACAAGCCUCCUGCUGCAGCAGAUGCAGCAGAGGAUUUUGUAGAUCCAUGGAAUGUGACCAGUCAGUCACAGACUGGCAUAGACUAUAACAAACUUAUCAGCCGGUUCGGCUCGUCCAAGAUCGACGAGACGCUGCUGGCGCGCAUUGAGAAGGUGACCGGGAAGCCGGUGCACCACUUCCUGCGGCGCGGCAUCUUCUUCUCGCACCGCGACCUGCACACGAUCCUGUCGCUGUACGAGCAGAAGAAGCCGUUCUUUUUGUACACGGGCCGCGGACCGUCCUCGGAAGCGCUCCACCUGGGUCACCUGGUGCCCUUCAUCAUGACCAAGUGGCUGCAGGACACGUUCGACGCGCCGCUGGUGAUCCAGCUCACCGACGACGAAAAGUUCCUCUGGAAGGACCUCACUCUGGAGGAGGCGAACCGACUGGCCCACGAGAACGCCAAGGACAUCAUCGCAUGUGGCUUCAACCCGGACAAGACGUUCAUCUUCUCGGACCUUGACUACAUCGGGCAAUGUCCCCAGUUCUACCACAACAUGAUGCGCAUCCAGCGGAGCGUCACCUACAACCAGAUCAAGGGCAUCUUCGGCUUCGGCGACAGCGACCACAUCGGCAAGAUCGCCUUUCCGGCGGUGCAGGCGGCGCCCAGUUUCAGCUCGUCGUUCCCGGUGCUGUUUGGCGGCCGCGCCGACCUGCCCUGUCUGAUUCCCUGCGCCAUCGACCAGGACCCCUACUUCCGUAUGACGCGCGACGUGGCGCCGCGGCUCGGCUACCAGAAGCCGGCGCUGCUGCACUCGUCCUUCUUCCCGGCGCUACAGGGCGCCAUGACCAAGAUGUCCGCCAGCGACCCCAACUCGUCCAUCUUCGUCACCGACACCGCCAAGCAGAUCAAGACCAAGAUCAACAAGCACGCCUUCUCGGGCGGCCGGGACACGGUGGAGGAGCACCGGCGGCUGGGCGGCGACUGCAGCGUCGACAUCAGCUACCAGUACCUGACCUUCUUCCUGGAGGACGACGCGCGCCUGGAGAAGGUCCGCGCCGACUACUCGUCCGGGGAGCUGCUCACCGGCUUCCUCAAGAAGGAGCUCAUCGAGCUGCUCCAGAAGCUGAUGGCCGAACAGCAGGAGCGCCGCAAAGCCGUCACCGACGAGGUGCUCAAACACUUCAUGACGCCGCGGCCGAUGCUCUCGUGACGGCCGGGUCGACGAUAGGGUAAUUUUACACGGACUGGGAACUGUACUGGCUGGGACCGGCCGCCGCGGUCGGAGGUUGUGCUUUACGGGGAUGUGGGGAUGGGGAGAGGUGAGCGGGGAGUGGGAGGUGAAUUUCCUCUGCUCGUCAGAGCCCGUCAAUUUGUUACGGUAUCGUGGCGGCCCGCUGGUGGAUAGCGGGGAAAGUCACAGACAGAUUUUACCGGUUUGUGCUUUUUGACUGUUUUUGUUUUCUUUGUUGAGGCGUUUUCCAAGCAUAAAUACAGCACACGCUCGCUCGGACCCGA